UCACAAAUCCACUCUUGGGGGGGAAUGCAAUAAAGGGGCGACAGCGAACACGUAUAUGUAUGAAGUAUCAAUUAUUACCGUCGGUGUAUUGGGUGGCGACGGCCAAAGUGCAGCUGUGGUUAACGUAGGUCGCGGGACCCUGAGCGGUUGGAGUCUCACUACACUCAGACUCGUCAGUCAGAUCACUGAGCGCUACAAGCUCUCAAAAUGGCCCCGGCUCUCAAAAUCUAUCAGCCUGAGCGCUCUCCUCUCCGGAGGAACGUCGCGUCACCAGGGCAACGACGCUCUUGCGUAG